CCGUCACAAAAAGCAGACGCCAUGGCCAGCAAACUUUUGUGUUUUUUGACGUUCGUCGCAUGGUGCGGUGCCCAAAGAGCUGGCCAGUAUAUGGUGCCUCCCGCGAAACUUGAAGCUAUCUGGCCAAGAGGUCUCAGGGUUUCUAUUCCAGAUGACGGCUUCUCGUUGUUCGCCUUCCACGGUAAACUGAAUGAAGAAAUGGACGGACUUGAGGCCGGCCAAUGGGCCAGGGACAUCACCAAGGCGAAGGAAGGCCGCUGGACCUUCAGGGACAGGAACGCCAAGCUCAACAUCGGCGACAAGAUAUAUUUCUGGACGUACGUUAUCAAAGACGGCCUUGGUUACAGACAGGAUGAUGGAGAGUGGACUGUUACUGGAUAUGUAAACGAAGAUGGUACUCCGGCGGAUCCAAGCAAAAUCCCGCCUGUGACAUCCAAGCCACCGGGCGGACAAAAACCACCAGUCACGCCAGUCACCGUGACCAGCAGACCGCCGACGCCCCCGACUCCGGCCUGCCAGACCUCGCAGACGGUCGUCCAAGGACGCAACUCGGUCUGCAAGGGCGAUUUGCUUUUCAGUGAGGAAUUCGAGAAGAACUCGCUGAACGAUCUGACAAAUUGGGACGCCGAGAUCAGAUUUCCUGAGCAACCGGACUACCCUUUCAACGUGUAUGUGACGGACGGAACCAUCAAACUAGAAAAUGGCAAUCUUAAGGUUAUUCCCUUACUUCUUGAUGAGCAGAAACACGAAGGCAGCGUCAAUGAAAACUUGGAUCUUAGUAGCAGAUGCACGGGUCAGCUUGACACGACUGAGUGUAGUCGUCACGCGUCCGGUGCACAGAUUUUACCCCCCAUCAUGACCGGCAAGAUCACAACGAAGAACAAGUUCAAUUUCAAGUUCGGCAGAGUUGAAAUUAGAGCGAAACUCCCAAACGGCGACUGGCUUAUACCUGAACUAAACUUAGAACCAAAGGACUACGUAUACGGUUCGCGACGCUACGAAUCCGGUCUCAUAAGGGUCGCGUUCGCGCGAGGGAACCCCUCAGAAUCUAAGACCUUAUGUGGAGGACCGUUGUUGACCGACUCCGAGCCGUACCGGUCCUACCUGAUGAAACAGAAGAUUGGCAUCAACAAUUGGAACAAUGACUUCCACAACUACACUCUCAUCUGGAAACCGGACGGUCUGGAGUUACUUGUGGACGGCGAAUCAUACGGGGUGGUGAGCCCCGGCGCCGGAUUUUCUGCCAGCGCCCGCGAGCACCUCGUGCCGCACGCGCCGCUCUGGAACAAAGGCACUGUCAUGGCACCGCUCGACGAACUGUUCCACGUGUCGCUCGGCUUACGCGUCGGCGGCGUGCAUGACUUCCCUGAUAGCGCUGAGAAACCCUGGAAGAACAGGAGCAGUAAGGCGAUGCUCAGCUUCUGGACCGCACGGGACAGCUGGCAGCCUACCUGGUACAACGCAGCCCUGCAAGUGGACCACGUCAGGGUCUACGCCCUAUGAUCGAUCUAACUGUGAUUCUCUUUUUUAUCCGCAAUAAAUUAUGUUAUAAGCU